GCAUGAGAAGCCCUAUGUGAGAAGCACGCACUGUCGGCACUCGUCAUUAUAGGCUUUCUGUGAGGUAGAAAGAAAUCACUUGAAAGAAGAAAUCAUGCCGAUGUUUUUGGUGAAUACUAAUGUGGCCAAGAGUGAUGUUCCACCUGCACUAUUGUCGGAGGCCACAGAAGAAUUGGCUAAAGCUAUGGGCAAACCUGCACAGUACAUUGCUGUGCACAUCGUCCCCGACCAGAUGAUGAUGUUCGGGGGAAAGGGUGACCCUUGCGCUCUUUGUUCGCUGCACAGCAUCGGGAAGAUCAGUGGAGCUCAGAACAAACAGUACUCCAAAUUACUGUGUGGCCUGCUAAACAAACACCUGAGCAUUUCCCCAGACAGGAUCUAUGUGAACUUCUUUGACAUGGAAGGAGCAAACGUUGCAUGGAACAACUCCACUUUUGGCUGAGCAGUCAGUGUUGACGGACCUUCCUACACCCACACUGCACGGACCAGUCGCUGGAGGCAGACUAGCUAAAGCAAAGACAACCAGCACUACUAGGCUAACGCAAUGUAGUCAUGAAUGCACUUGGCUGUACCUUUGCAUUGUAACAAACCCUUGCUUUGCACUUUCUUGAUUCAAUUUGAAGUUAAAAUAAAGUGGACCCUGAUUAGAAGCCA